AUGCAUUACACUCUCUCCGCCAUCGUGGCGGUUCUAGCCACCGCUCCUCUCACUCUCGCACAGAGCACCACCCCCUUCCAAAACCUCUGCAACGCAAGUGCCCCUGGCUCAGACGCACCAGUCUGCGACGUACCUGCUAACCUCAUCAAGAUAAAAUGUAUAGUCGGCCUCGGAGAGCAGCGCAACAACCUGACCUACGUCUGCCAACCCGAAAUCAAGUCCCAAGUCCAGACCUGCGUCCACUCUCUCUGCGACGCAAGCACCUUCCCCGCCGCCGACGCCGAGUACGACGCCGCCUGCGCUUCGCUGCUGCCGCCUGACCCUGUGCCUGAGCCGCUGUUCCGUCACCUUUGCAAUGUCAAAUGCUCCGUCAGCCUUGGCGACCAAGCCAACAACUUAACCCACAUCUGCCGCUCAGAUAUCAGAUCCCAGGUCCAGACAUGCGUCUACCAGCUCUGUGAUGCUGCCACCGCCGCGCCCGCGGAUGCGGAGUAUGAGGCGCUUUGUCCGACACUGACACCGCCGCAGCCGCUGUUUAAGCAUCUGUGCAACGUCAAGUGCGCGGUUGGGUUGGGAGAUCAGGCGUACAAUAAAACGCAGAUCUGCCUCCCGGACGUGAGGGCCGGGGUGCAGACUUGCGUGCGCCAGUUGUGUGACGUGAGUACGGCUCCGGCGGCGGAGGCGGAGUAUGAAGCGCUGUGUCCGAGGGCGCCGGAGGAGGUGUGGUUGAGGGCGGGGUGUAAUGUAAAAUGCAUGGCUAGCCUAGGACUGGUCAACCCUGUCGCUGAUCUCUGUUAA